GGUAUGUCGGGUCAUCUCCUUCUCCUUCAGCUGCAAAACCCUAACCCAUCCCAGGGAACCUCUGCAACUCCAUUGUUGACACUUACUGGUCACUGUACACCUCCUCCAUCCCCACCCAAAAUGCUCUCUCGCUUGCUUCCCAAAUCCUCCCAUCUUCGUCUACUAUCGGUGAUAACCUCCAAAUCCCAGUCUUACCCUCCCCCUCAUCGCCACCACCCUCGGCAGGACCCCAUUUUCGCCUCCUUCCUGAGGCACUUCUCAUCGAAUCACGACAGCGGUGGGAGAGACCCCAAGAUCUCCGACCCGUGGAAGCUUUCUAAGGAAAGUGAGGGGAAUUUCGACGGUAUCUUCAACGAUGAGUCCAGCGGGAACUUUGGGGUAUUUGGUGAGGGAGCAGAGGGGAAGGGCGGCGCGGCGGAAGAUGACUGGCUGACGGCCGAUGGGUUCGAGCCUUGGAAGCUGGGUGAGGAGGAGGGGAAGGACGAUCUGUUCGAUCUCGGGGAGGGUGCAGGGGCCGUGGCUGAGAUAAAGGGUGAGAGUGGCGGCGUCGAAGGGCUGAAGAGGGAAAUGACACAGGAGCAGCGGAAGUCUCUCGAGAAGGAAGAGAAAGAGCUCACUGAGGUUGUCAAAGGUCCAAAUCGCGCAUUUGGAGACCUCAUCGCUAUCUCUGGAAUCACGGAUGCUAUGUUGGACAGUUUGAUAGCUCUCAAGGACUUUGAAGGCAUUGAAGGACUGCCACCUCUGAGUGUAAUCGAAGACAUGCGGUACGAGAAGAACACGAGGAAGUCCACGAGAUCCGAGAUUGAGCGCCAGAAACAGGAGGAAAUUGCCAAGUCGAGGGUGAGGCAAGUUGAUGAGAAGGGAAGGGCUUAUGGGACGGGAAGGAGGAAGUGCAGCAUAGCUCGUGUUUGGAUCCAGCCCGGUGAUGGGAAAUUCAUGGUGAAUGAUAAAGAGUUCGAUGUAUACUUCCCAAUGCUCGACCAUCGAGCAGCCCUUCUCCGGCCUUUUGCUGAGACAAAAACUUUGGGUCUUUGGGAUAUCAAUUGUACUGUAAAAGGAGGUGGUACUACAGGUCAAGUUGGAGCCAUUCGUCUUGGGAUCAGCAGAGCUCUGCAGUGCUGGGAACCAGAUUUGCGACCUGCACUUAGAGCUGCCGGCUUUUUGACAAGGGAUUCGCGGGUGGUGGAAAGGAAGAAACCUGGGAAAGCGAAAGCAAGGAAGAGCUUCCAGUGGGUCAAGCGUUGAUCCAUCUCGUUCGGAAUUUUUGCUCUUUUCUUCCUUCUUGAGUUUUGGAUAUAUCAUCCUCAAUAACAUGUCGUUAAGUUUCAUCAGAGUUGUAUCUUAGGAAUUCGUUGUAACUAAGGUAAGGAUGUAGUUUUUACAGUUUUCAGGGCUUAAAUGUUGAAGCCUGGAAAGCAUGGAGGACUAUUUCUAUUUAUAUUUUUUUUACUGAUAAUAGAUCAAAGAUCCUUCUCUUGGACAUCUGCUAAUGAACGUGGAUUAGUCGGAGAGUUCAUGAAA